CACUUAGCCAUAACAUUCAGCAGAACAACAGGAUCACCAGACAGAAUAUGAUCACAGACCCACAGGAAUUCUACAAGAAACUGGAGGACGCAGCGAGCUACACACGCUCAAAGAUUGACGGGUUUGCGCCACAAGUGCUCAUCAUUUGUGGGUCUGGUUUAGGAGGGAUCUCGUCGCUUAUCUCCAACAAGAUUGCGAUUCCAUAUGGGACAAUUCCAGGGUUCAAGACGUCAACGGUUCAAGGACACGCCGGAGAGUUGCAAUUCGGGUUCAUCGGGACCAACAGGGUCCCUGUCAUGUGUAUGGUUGGUCGCUUGCACUACUAUGAAGGGUAUGAGUUCGAAGAUGCCACUUUCGGCGUCAGACUGGCAAAGGAGCUUGGGUGCGACACGGUGUUCGUUACCAACGCCGCCGGUGGUGUUAGAAAGGGGUUCAAGCCCGGCGAUUUGAUGGUCAUUAGUGAUCACAUAUACUUUGCCGGGUUCAGUGGAUCACACCCUCUCCGUGGUCCCAACCUUGAGAAGCUGGGAGAGAGAUUUGUCCCAAUGAGCGAUGCCUAUGAUCACUCCUUGAGAAAGACGUUCUUCGACAGCGCCAGAGCUCUGGGAAUCACUAGAAGUAUCCAUGAAGGGACCUAUUUCUUUGCAGCAGGGCCUACGUUUGAGUCUAGGGCGGAGGUUCGUGCGAUCAGAACCCUGGGAGGUGACUCUGUUGGAAUGAGUACCGUUCCUGAGGUGAUCGUUGCAAGACACGCAGGCCUGAGAGUGUUUGCACUCAGUCUCAUCACGAACUCAUGUGUCGACACACCAGCUCCUUCUGCGCUGGAGGAUGAUCCAGUGGCGAUGGAUGACGGCAUUGCAUCUCAUAAAGAAGUUUUAGAAUACGCCAACGAGGCCUCAAAGGACGUUGAAAGAAUUAUUCAACAUGCAAUCAACAGUCUUUGAGCCCGUUAUACAGAUUAUAACUUAGAUAGAUCUAAUGCAUCCA